UUUAAUUGAAAAUUUUGUUUUUUAUUUUUAGUAUUUAUUUUUUUUUCAAAUUUUUAUUGGAAUUUGUUAGAUAUUUUUCCAUAAUAUGAAAGGCUUUAUAAGGAACUGACUAGAGUAAUCAAUAUAUCACUAUAUGAAUCUGAAAGUAUUUAUUUUCCUUUUCCGUUUAAUUGAUCUGUAACUGAACAAUCCUAACUUUUGGAUAGAACUGAUGUUGUGAUUGGGGCUUGUUGACAAUGGAUUCUGCAAGGAGUUGGUUUAAGAAAUUCCAACAUAAGAAUGAAAAAAUAGAAAAUUCACCAAAGAAAAAAAAGGAAAUUGAGAAUGAAAAGUAUGCACAUAAGCCUCCCAUCCAUGGGGUUGGGGCACCUUCAGCUGCCACCAAACAGAAGGUUGACGCUGCUAAGCAGUAUAUUGAGAAACACUACAAAGCUCAGAUGAAGAAUUUGCAGGACAGAAAGGAAAGACGUUGGAUGUUAGAGAGGAAACUUGCUGAUGCUGAUGUAACUGCAGAAGAGCAAAUGAGUAUGCUUAAAUUUUUAGAGAAACAGGAAACAGAAUACAUGCGCCUUCAAAGACACAAGAUGGGUGUUGAUGACUUUGAACUGCUGACCAUUAUAGGGAGGGGUGCAUUUGGAGAGGUAAGAAUUUGUAAAGAAAAAUCUACUGGAAAUGUGUAUGCCAUGAAAAAGCUCCAAAAAUCUGAGAUGCUUCGCAGAGGCCAGGUCGAGCAUGUUAAAGCAGAAAGGAAUCUCCUUGCUGAAGUUGACAAUGAAUGCACUGUCAAGCUCUACUGCUCUUUUCAGGAUGAUGACUUUUUGUAUCUUGUAAUGGAAUAUCUCCCUGGGGGCGAUCUGAUGACAUUACUGAUACGGAAGGAUACCUUAACUGAGGAUGAGGCAAGGUUUUAUGUUGGCCAGACGGUUCUUGCAAUUGAAUCCAUCCACAAGCACAACUACGUCCACAGGGAUAUCAAGCCUGAUAAUUUAUUGCUUGACCGUAAUGGCCAUAUGAAGCUCUCGGAUUUUGGAUUGUGUAAGCCCCUUGAUAGUAGCAGCUUUCCAGACCUUAGAGAGGAUGACCAUGGAGGGGGAAGAAACUUUAAACCCUCAAUGGAGAUUGGUAAACAUUCUAAUCUUCCUACUACACCAAAGCGGACACAACAGGAGCAGUUGUUACAUUGGCAAAAGAAUAGGCGAACAUUGGCUUACUCGACAGUUGGUACUCCUGACUACAUUGCCCCAGAAGUGUUGUUGAAGAGAGGAUACGGGAUAGAGUGCGAUUGGUGGUCGCUUGGGGCAAUUAUGUUUGAGAUGCUUGUAGGAUAUCCACCUUUCUAUUCUGAAGAACCUUUGUUGACGUGCAGAAAGAUUGUAAACUGGAGAACACGUUUGAAAUUCCCUGAAGAAGCCAAGUUAUCUGCUGAAGCUAAAGAUCUCAUUCGUAAACUCCUUUGCAAUGUUGAGCAGAGGCUUGGAACCAAAGGAGCUCAUGAAAUAAAGGCACACCCAUGGUUCAAAGAUAUUGAUUGGAACAGAUUAUAUCAGAUGGAAGCUGCUUUUAUACCAGAGGUUAACGGUGAUCUAGAUACGCAGAACUUUGAAAAGUUUGAAGAGUUGGGGGCUCAAGUACAAACUUCAACAAAAUCAGGUCCCUGGAGAAAGAUGCUUUCAUCGAAGGAUGAGAAUUUCAUUGGUUAUACAUACAAGAAUGUUGAGAUUGUCAAAGAGCAUCAUCUUCCAGGCAUUGGUUCGUCUGAGUUGAAGAAGAAAAGCAAUGCACCUAAGAGACCUUCUGUGAAGUCAUUGUUUGACACUCCAGGACCUCCUGAUCUCACCGCAAAAGGAAGAUUUCUUAACAAUUUGUCAGCUCAAUUAGAGGUAUCUGAAAGCCCGGUGUCUGAACAUCAAUCUAAUAGAACCACACAAUAUUUUCGGAAACCAUUGCAAAUAUAGCAGAAAUGAUGGUUUCUAUAGGUAAAUUUUUCAUAGCAAAUUGGGAAUAGAAAUCAUUUUCAACAUUGCUAAUAGGCAAUACCAUAGGUUGAGUCAUCAUAUACUUUAAAAAAUUCUUCUUUGUUUAGUAUUAAUCACAUUUGAAAAUAGCAUAUAUGGUCAUUCUUGGUACAUCAUAUAUAGAUGGGGCGGUUGGCUUUCUUCCUGUAAAUCCUUUCAACCUGUGCUUUUGGAGUAGAUUCAUUAGCUAUGUUUAUAUUGCAUAUAGAAGAAGAUGAGAACUGAUUAGUCUAGGUAGUUCUUUAUUUUCCCAUCACACCAGUAGAUAUAGAAUUAAAUUAUUUAUACAGAUGUUAUCUCAUAAAUGUUCUGUCUCUUUUUUUCUUAAUUAGAUUGUUGUACAUCUUAAUAUUAACUAUAGUUGACUUUUGGUGGGAUAUACGUUUCAGUAAUUUUGACCACUCAAAAAUAUUUAAGCUCGUUUAUAACAUUAUAUAUAUAUAUAUAUAUGUAUGUAUAUGUAUGAAUGCUGGUUGUAUGUAUAGUUUUACUAAAUGAUAGAUUAAGUUGCACUUUAGCAUUUGAUUCAAUGGCGGGUAGAUAUUUCCCCUCUGCUUGAAGAGCUUGUCCUGAAUGUUUCAACUCUUUAACGAAAUUAAAAAAUAAAA